CGCUUCCUCUAAUUGGGCAGCGUGUGUCCGCGCUGACGCAGGAAGGCCGCCUCAUUGGCCCGUGCAGUCGGGGCUCAGGCGGCUUCUCUCUUAGUGCUCAAGGCGCCGACCCACUUCUCUUUCUCCAACCGAACGCUCCCUUCCGAAGUGCCAGCCUGAAGGGAUCCGAACUGAGCUGGGCCGGGUAACUGCACUGAGCAAAGAGCCCGCUGUGUCACCCUCUCCCAAGUGCCAUGACCACCCUGGAUGAUAAGUUGCUGGGGGAGAAGCUGCAGUACUACUACAGCAGCAGCGAGGAUGAGGACAGCGACCACGAGGACAAGGACAGAGGCCGGGGUGCUCUGGCUGGCAGUGCCAUGCCUGCAGAUGCUGAGUUGGCAGGCGAAGGCAUCUCAGUUAACACAGGUCCAAAAGGCGUGAUCAAUGACUGGCGCCGCUUCAAACAGCUGGAGACAGAGCAGCGGGAGGAACAGUGCCAGGAGAUGGAGAGGCUGAUCAAGAGGCUGUCCAUGAGCUGCAGGUCCCACUUGGACGAGGAGGAGGAGCAGCGGAAGCAGAAGGACCUCCAGGAGAAGAUCAGUGGGAAGAUGACCCUGAAGGACUUUGCCAUGGUGAACGAGGACCAAGACGAUGAGGAGUUCCUGCAGCAGUACCGGAAGCAGAGGAUGGAAGAGAUGCGGCAGCAGCUCCACCAGGGGCCCCAGUUCAAGCAGGUUUUUGAUAUCCCCAGUGGAGAAGGGUUUCUGGACAUGAUCGACAAAGAGCAGAAGAGCACCCUCAUCGUGGUCCACAUUUACGAGGACGGCAUCCCGGGCACCGACGCCAUGAAUGGGUGCAUGGUCUGCCUGGCUGCCGAGUACCCGGCCGUCAAGUUCUGCCGGGUGAAGAGCUCGGUGAUCGGGGCCAGCAGUCGCUUCACCAGGAAUGCCCUUCCCACCCUGCUCAUCUACAAGGGGGGUGAGCUGAUUGGCAACUUUGUCCGCGUCACUGACCAGCUGGGGGAAGAUUUCUUUGCGGUGGACCUCGAGGCCUUCCUCCAGGAGUUUGGAUUGCUCCCAGAAAAGGAAAUCUUGUUGCUAACCUCUGUGCGUAACUCGGCCACCUGCCACAGCGAGGACAGCGAUUUGGAAAUAGAUUGAACGGCUUGGCUGGUGGCACAGAUUUCUCAUUGUUUGGGCUGGAGGACACACGUCCGCGUGUUGAUUUUCGGUCUUUUCUGUGUCUUCUGGCUUUUCUGCUGUUCUUUGUAGUCCCUUUUAUGAUAUAUCAAGUCAAUAAGUUCUUCGAUCAGAUCAGAAUGCUGAAUCACCUUGUGGCUAGCCAUAGAGUGACUUCACAUUGCAUAAACAGGAAGCCAGGCUUUUGAACUGUUUACUUCAGAUUCUCUAGCGUGACAUCUCUAUUAUUGUUUCCAGUCAAUAUUUACAUAGCAUCCUAAAAACAGCAUCCUGGAAAUUGUCUUCAGAUGAUCUCAGAGGUCUCUGCCAGGUCCGGGAGUAUGAUUCUAUAGUUAGUGUGUUAUUUGCAACAUAAAUAAUACAUUUCCUUCAUCAAAUGAUUGUAAAUUAUAUUUACUUAUAAUCAGACUCACAGUCUUAGAAGGCAGUUAAAUUUUUUUUCCUCUGGACCGUAUUCUCUCCCAGGGUCUUGUUUAAAGGUUCUGGACCAUGUGUGUUUGCCCCAUCAAGAGGGGUGGCCUUUGCUGCCAUAGUCAAUGUCCUGCUCAAGCAUUAUUAUUAUUAUUAUUAUUUUUUACAUGGCUAGUUGUGACUUUAUGUAGCGAUUCAUUUCAAAUAUUCAUUAAUCCACGCAGUAAGGUAAUUCCUUUAAAGCGUUAUUAAGUCUCCAAUAGGAGGAACGAUUGAAAUGGACUACCCUCUUGGUGCUGGAAGACCAGCUCGGCUUGAAAGUUAGAGCUGGGAUGGAGCUGGGAAGCCUUUUUAAAGGAAGAUCUUUCAGUUAAGAUACACCUGCUCAUCUCUUUCUGUUUCUGUUUUAUUCAGCAAGGUAAUUAUUUGGUUUCAUGUAGCUUUUGUUAAAACUUUUUCUUCCUUUGCCUAUUGGAAAAGUUAAUAUUCAAUAGAAUACAGAUAAUACAGAAGCAAAAAUAAGAAAAUUAGAAUAGUGUCUAAUCCAACCAUCUACGGUAAAACACUAUUUUGGGAUAUUUCCUUCCAAGGUGUUUUCUUUGUGUACACAGACAUUUUGUUUGCUUGUUGUUAAAACAAUGGGAUCAUUUUGAACAUACUGUUUUAUAGUAUGGUCAGCUCACACAUCAAACAUUUUUCCGUGUUAUUAAAUACUAUUAAAACGUUUUAAAAUGGCUGUUUAUUCUGUUGUAUAAAUGUGCUAUACUUUGUUUGGCAGUUGUCUCUUAAAAAGGAAAAGACUUUAUUACAGAAGUGAUAUUCAUUGUAGAAAACGCAACAAAAAUUGUUAAGCUAAAAAAUUUAAAAGGCUUAUAAUUCCACCAACCAAAAAUAAUCCCUGUUAAUCAUUUUUACAGGUAUCAUUCUGGUCUUCUUUCUGUGUGUUUAUAAUAAUGAUUGUCUCUUGAGUUUUUUCCUCAUGUUUUUUACUUUAAAUUAUGUACAUUGUAGGGACAGGGAAAAUGUAAUCUGUAAUUAAAUAUUAGCUUUAAAUUCAAUUUUGCUUUUCCUGGGUAUUUAGGAAUUGACUAACUGUAGAAGGGUCUUGACAGUAUCUCUUGUAGUUAAUCAACAAAAUGAAAGUGCAUGGUUUUUUCAGUUAAAAAAACUUGUAGAAAGUGUGUGGAAAGUAUAGAAAAUUAUUAGAAGCAGAGACAACUGUUGUCAAUGUUCUUGUUUAUUUCCUUCCAGUGUUUUCAAUAUUUUUAAUAAUAACAUUGAGAGCUUAUUGAAUUUAGUUCUGUUUUGUUUAAUAUAUCAUAAGUGCUUUGACAUGUUAUAAAAGUUCUAAAUAAAUAAUUUUUAAUG